AUUUUUUUUUACCUGUAAGACGAACAGUCGUGUACUACCACCAAAUUUAACCAUAUGACCCACUCGAAAACGGCAAUAUGUCUUAGGCGGUAUUCUCUGCUUGUUUAAAUAUGUCCCAUGGGUGCUGUCCAAAUCAUAAAUAUAGAAGCCAGGUUCUUGAUCUGGUUCAGUACCUGGAAUCUGACGGUACUGCAGCACAGCAUGGAAACGAGAAACAGAGGGAUGCUCCAAAGAAAUGUGGCAUGAAGGUAGCCUGCCAAAAACUAUCCAGUCCAGUUCAUUCAGACUUUUAGUGGAUACAAUAUUACCAUUUUUUAACAUCUCCAGGUUGUAAAGGGCCUGGGGCUGCCCGGACCAGGAAGGCUCCCGAUAGGGAAUGGCAGGCGAGGUUCGGUAGGCAUCAGAGGGAAGCCUGUGGCUGACAUCCGUGGACGUUUCCCUAGCGGUGCCUCUAAUGCCAAGUGAGGGAGAAAUGUGUGAGGUUGCUGGUUUGUCUCGUUGUUCCACUGUCUUUUCAUUCCCACUUGAGCGGGCAGGAAUGGUGGGCAUCUUAAAGGAGUCUGUGAUCCUGACAUCAGUGUGCCCCUCAGUGUUGUCCUUGGUGUCAUUGGACCCAUCCCCAUCAUUGGGCCCUGAAUAGGAUUCUGUGCCAGCGAGUUUCUGGCUGAUACUGGUCCUCCCAAAAUAGGGCUCCUUACUGCUGCUGGUCCCACUAGUAAUGGAGGCCUCAUUCCCAUUGGACUUGGAAGAAUGGGGCCCCUCGGAGUUAGUGGACCUGGCAGCCCAUUGGUUUUCGGCAUCUGCCCUGGUAGAAUGGGAGGUUUCAUGGCUCCUACACCCUGGAGGUUUAAGUUCCUCACAGGUGCUGGUCCUCGAAUCCCUGGGCCCCUCAUAGCUCCUGGUCCCAAGAGUCCCGGGCCCCUCCCUGUUGCUGGUGUCUGUGCUAUUUGACCCCUUAGUGGCCCUUGCAUCCCUGGGCCCCUCAAUGGACCUGGUCUCUGUAUCCCUGGACCCAGCAUCCCUGACCCCUGCAUCCCUGGGGCCCUCAGUAGACCUGACCGCUGCAUCCCUGGGGCCCUCAGUAGACCUGACCCCUGCAUCCCUGGGUCCCUCAGUAGACCUGACCCCUGCAUCCCUGGGGCCCUCAGUAGACCUGACCCCUGCAUCCCUGGGUCCCUCAGUAGACUUGACCCCUGCAUCCCUGGGGCCCUCAGUAGACCUGACCCCUGCAUCCCUGGGUCCCUCAGUAGACUUGACCCCUGCAUCCCUGGGGCCCUCAGUAUACCUGACCCCUGCAUCCCUGGGGCCCUCAUUGGACCUGACCCCUGCAUCCCUGGGGCCCUCAUUGGACCUGACCCCUGCAUCCCUGGGGCCCUCAUUGGACCUGACCCCUGCAUCCCUGGGGCCCUCGAUGGACCUGACCCCUGCAUCCCUGGGGCCCUCAUUGCUCCAGGUCCCUGCAGUAGGGGCCCCCUCACCGCCCCCGGGCCCUGUAUGAGGGGGCCCCUCGGGUUCCCCGCUGUCAGGGGCCCUGUCCCCCCGAUCCCCGGUCUCCAUGGCAGUGUCCCCGGGAUCAUGGGGCCCCUGCCCGCCAUUGGGCUCCAGCCGAGCGGCUUCCAUGUGUCCAGCGCCACCUUCUCCGGGGAGUGGGGGCAGCUCAGGGCAGCUCGGGGCUCGCGCUGGGAGAGAGGCUGCCGAUGGCUCCCGCGAGCCGCACACACAGAGCCGGAAGUGCGGGGACAGACCCAGCACGCCGCUUCCGGUCUGGGGCGGCCGCGCACACGGAUGACGUCACAGCUCGGUCUGACCCCCGGAGCUCGGUGAGUGAGUAACCCUCAGCCAGCCAGCACCGCGUCUCAGCACCCUCAGCCAGCACCGCGUCACAGCACCCUCAGCCAGCCAGCACCGAAUCACAGCACCCUCAGCCAGCCAGCACCGCGUCACAGCACCCUCAGCCAGCCAGCACCGCGUCACAGCACCCUCAGCCAGCCAGCACCGAGAGUGCUAGAGAGAGACUGCUGGCUGAGAGUGAUAGAGAGAGACUGCUGGCUGAGAGUGAUAGAGAGAGACUGCUGGCUGAGAGUGAUAGAGAGAGACUGCUGGCUGAGAGUGAUAGAGAGAGACUGCUGGCUGAGAGUGAUAGAGAGAGACUGCUGGCUGAGAGAGAGAGACUGCUGGCUGAGAGUGAUAGAGAGACUGCUGGCUGAGAGUGAUAGAGAGAGACUGCUGGCUGAGAGUGAUAGAGAGACACUGCUGGCUGAGAGUGAUAGAGAGAGACUGCUGGCUGAGAGUGAUAGAGAGACACUGCUGGCUGAGAGUGAUAGAGAGAGACUGCUGGCUGAGAGUGAUAGAGAGAGACUGCUGGCUGAGAGUGAUAGAGAGACUGCUGGCUGAGAGUGAUAGAGAGACUGCUGGCUGAGAGUGAUAGAGAGAGACUGCUGGCUGAGAGUGAUAGAGAGACACUGCUGGCUGAGAGUGAUAGAGAGAGACUGCUGGCUGAGAGUGAUAGAGAGAGACUGCUGGCUGAGAGUGAUAGAGAGACUGCUGGCUGAGAGUGAUAGAGAGAGACUGCUGGCUGAGAGAUAGAGAGACACUGCUGGCUGAGAGUGAUAGAGAGAGGAAAUCAAUAUUAGCAAGAUUUAAUAGCAAGGCACAGGAGCUGCUGAAAUCCAUGAAUAGAACUUACAAUUAAAUGGUUAGUUGAAACCUUUUUAAUCUAUUUAUCAUCCUGGCUCCUUAAUCCUCUGUGAAUGCUAAUGUUUUCCUACUGACCAAACAUGUGUGAAUGUUAGUAAAAUACGUUGUUGUUUGUUUGCAAUUUAGGUUAAGAGGCUGUUUUGAAAGUACCAGACAGAAGUUGAAUAUUUGAUGGCUGGACGUUGGGCAAUAUUUGGUAUGGUACAUUGUGUCCAAGACUAACCUGGGCACCUUCUCCUUGUGAACAUUAUUUGAUUCUACGUGAGUUAGCCCACUGCUGACACUAUCUUAACAUGAUGCGCUACUGGGGAGAGAUCCCAGAUUCUUCUGGACAGGCCAGCAGGAGUUCCUUCGACCUCUUACAGAGGGAGUUCCGCACAGUGGAGAUGCAAGAACCCCCUCUACACCAGCCUUCUGCUAACAAGCCAAGAACCACUACCAUGCUGGAUAUUCCAUCUGAACCAUGCAGCUUAACCAUUCACACAAUCCAACUUAUUCAGCAUAACCGCAGACUGCGCAGCCUGAUUGCUACGGCUCAGGUUCCAAACCAGCCGCAGGCUGAAGGCAUGAAAGUGGAGGAGAGUGAACCGCUUCCACAUCGGCCUAGCUCACCGGUCCUCCCUGAUGAUCUCCUGCCGCAGGAUUGCAAGAUCCCCAAGCUACCCUUCCAGAUAAGACACAGCGACCCAGAGAGUGAUUUUUAUAGGUGAGGUGCAAAAUCCGACUUACUGUAUCGUAAUAAAAUAUUCCACAGUCAUUGCACACUACAUGCACAUUUUUAAACAUUAAAUGGAUUAAUUCUAGAAGUAUGAUCUGAGACCAGAUAUUGCUCAGGCCACCGUACAAAAUAGAGGUUAAGCAUACACUACAUAUAUUGUUUAUGUUACAGUUUGUUCUGUUUAUACUUCUGGGUCUCUUGUGGAAUCCUAUGUCUUCUAAUGAUUGCCUGCAACCUAGAUAUUUAUUGAGGGAGAGCACUUAUGCAUGCUGAAAUCUAAAACAAAUAAUUUGGCUUUUUACAUACUUUUGAUAUUUUGGCUGCCCAUACGUUUAAAAUUGUAUUGUGUUUGUUAAGUUCAGAGUAAUUGUUGUUUGAAAAGUGCAUUUUAAAGUUAGGAAACUGUUCAGCAAUGUGUAGUUUAACCCCUUAAGGACCAAACUUCUGGAAUAAAAGGGAAUCAUGACAUGUCACACAUGUCAUGUGUCCUUAAGGGGUUAAAGCAAAAAUUAGGCAGUACUAGGAAACCACUGGAACUUUGCCUACUUCGGACUCCCUUUUCAUUUAAUAUAUUCUUCCAUCAGCUACGAUGAGAGUUUUCAUCCACAGUUUGCUUGUAAUCUCAUUUUACUAUGACACUGGGUAUUCGGGCGACAAGUGUUUAAAAACAAACAAACAGAUGUCUUCAUAUGAAAUUCUGAAGAAGAAAUGUUAUUUAAAAAAAAAAAAGAAUUAUUUGUAAAUUUGCACAUGUCAUUUUUUUUGCUUUAGAGGGAAAGGAGAGCCAGUCACUGAACUCAGUUAUCAUUCAUGUCGCCAGCUGAUGUACCAGUCCGUGGCUACCAUUCUUGCACAUGCUGGAUUUGAAUGUGCCAACGAGAGUGUCCUGGAGACCCUUACUGAUAUCGCUCAUGAAUACUGCCUAAAAUUUACCAAGAUGCUCAGGUUUAAUGUGGAUCGAGAAGCAAGGCUCGGACAGACUCCGUUCCCGGAUGUCAUGGAGCAGGUCUUCCAUGACAUGGGCAUCGGCAGUGUUUUGUCUCUGCAGAAGUUCUGGCAGCACCGCAUUAAGGAUUACCAUGCGUACAUGUUGCAGGUGAACUAAACUAUAAAUUAUAGAAACUUAUACAAUGACAUUCAAACAGUUAUAGUGUGAUGUGCUUUUCCUAUUCAUAUGGGUACCAGAACCUUACCUGAUGUUCCUCAGGAUAAAAAAAGAAUGUGAUCAUGAGUGUUCUUUUAGAGAAAAAAUAUCUCAAUCUCAUUGUUAUUGUGCAAAUCUAUGUAUACAGAAUUCACACGUUACCUCUUAAGUGCUUAGUUUCAAGAAGUUCAGCAACCUACUUUUCUAAUCUUACCUUUUGUGUCACUAUACCCCACUCACUGUAGCAUGUAAGUUCAUUGAGCAGGGCUCUCAAUCCCUUUGUUACUGUGUCACUAUACCCCACUCCCUCUAACAUGUAAACUCACUGAGCAGGGCCCUCAAUCCCUCUGUUACUGUGUCACUAUACCCCACUCCCUCUAACAUGUAAACUCACUGAGCAGGGCCCUCAAUCCCUCUGUUACUGUGUCACUACACCCCACUCCCUCUAACAUGUAAACUCACUGAGCAGGGCCCUCAAUCCCUCUGUUACUGUGUCACUAUACCACACUCCCUCUAACAUGUAAACUCACUGAGCAGGGCCCUCAAUCCCUCUGUUACUGUGUCACUAUACCCCAUUCCCUCUAACAUGUAAACUCACUGAGCAGGCCCUCAAUCCCUCUGUUACUGUGUCACUAUACCCCACUCCCUCUAACAUGUAAACUCACUGAGCAGGCCCUCAAUCCCUCUGUUACUGUGUCACUAUACCCCACUCCCUCUAACAUGUAAACUCACUGAGCAGGCUCUCAAUCCCUCUGUUACUGUCACUAUACCCCACUCCCUCUAACAUGUAAACUCACUGAGCAGGGCCCUCAAUCCCUCUGUUACUGUGUCACUAUACCCCAUUCCCUCUAGCAUGUAAACUCACUGAGCAGGCCCUCAAUCCCUCUGUUACUGUGUCACUAUCCCCACUCCCUCUAACAUGUAAACUCACUGAGCAGGCCCUCAAUCCCUCUGUUACUGUGUCACUAUACCCCACUCCCUCUAACAUGUAAACUCACUGAGCAGGCCCUCAAUCCCUCUGUUACUGUGUCACUAUACCCCACUCCCUCUAACAUGUAAACUCACUGAGCAGGCCCUCAAUCUCUCUGUUACUGUGUCACUAUACCCCACUCCCUCUAACAUGUAAACUCACUGAGCAGGCCCUCAAUCCCUCUGUUACUGUGUCACUAUACCCCACUCCCUCUAACAUGUAAACUCACUGAGCAGGCCCUCAAUCCCUCUGUUACUGUGUCACUAUACCCCACUCCCUCUAACAUGUAAACUCACUGAGCAGGCCCUCAAUCCCUCUGUUACUGUGUCACUAUACCCCACUCCCUCUAACAUGUAAACUCACUGAGCAGGGCCCUCAAUCCCUCUGUUACUGUGUCAUUAUACCCCACUCCUCUAACAUGUAAACUCACUGAGCAGGGCCUCAAUCCCUCUGUUACUGUGUCACUAUACCCCACUCCCUCUAACAUGUAAACUCACUGAGCAGGGCCCUCAAUCCCUCUGUUACUGUGUCACUAUACCCCACUCCCUCUAACAUGUAAACUCACUGAGCAGGCCCUCAAUCCCUCUGUUACUGUGUCACUAUACCCCACUCCCUCUAACAUGUAAACUCACUGAGCAGGGCCUCAAUCCCUCUGUUACUGUCACUAUACCCCACUCCCUGUAACAUGUAAACUCACUGAGCAGGGGCCUCAAUCCCUCUGUUACUGUGUCACUAUACCCCACUCCCUCUAACAUGUAAACUCACUGAGCAGGGCCCUCGAUCCCUCUGUUACUGUGUCACUAUACCCCACUCCCUCUAACAUGUAAACUCACUGAGCAGGGCCCCAAUCCCUCUGUUACUGUGUCACUAUACCCCACUCCCUCUAACAUGUAAACUCACUGAGCAGGGCUCUCAAUCCCUCUGUUACUGCGUCACUAUACCCCACUCCCUCUAACAUGUAAACUCACUGAGCAGGCCCUCAAUCCCUCUGUUACUGUGUCACUAUACCCCACUCCCUCUAACAUGUAAACUCACUGAGCAGGGCCCUCAAUCCCUCUGUUACUGUGUCACUAUACCCCACUCCCUCUAACAUGUAAACUCACUGGGCAGGGCCUCAAUCCCUCUGUUACUGUGUCACUAUACCCCACUCCCUCUAACAUGUAAACUCACUGAGCAGGGCCCUCAAUCCCUCUGUUACUGUGUCACUAUACCCCACUCCCUCUAACAUGUAAACUCACUGAGCAGGACCCUCAAUCCCUCUGUUACUGUGUCACUAUACCCCACUCCCUCUAACAUGUAAACUCAUUGAGCAGGCCCUCAAUCCCUCUGUUACUGUGUCACUAUACCCCACUCCCUCUAACAUGUAAACUCACUGAGCAGGCCCUCAAUCCCUCUGUUACUGUGUCACUAUACCCCACUCCCUCUAGCAUGUAAACUCAUUGAGCAGGGCCCUCAACCCCUCUGUUCCUGUGUGUCUAACUUGUCUAGUUACAAAUACGUGUCUGUUAGUCCACCCAUUGUACAGCGCUAUGGAACUUGUUGGCGCUUUAUAAAUAAUAAUAAUAAUAGAAGAUUGUUUGUAGUGGAAUAGAUCUGCAGAAGGAGCUAAGUUUGAGGAGGAAGGGCAAGCAGUAAACAUUAACGUGGAACCAUCUGAGUAGAAUAUAAGCACUGGGAACUCUGUGUAUCAAUAACUUGAUUUUUAUUAUUCACAACCUGGAAGAGAAAACCUAUAAUGGCAGCAGGCCUAAAAGGAGACCCAGUUUGGGAAUAUUUAAUGCAGUUCUGCUUCCUGUGGGUAAGGCAGAUGUGUGUGUGUGUGUGUGUGUGUAGAAUGUAAGGCCUGGUUAAAAAGUUAUUCUGAAAAUCAAACCUUUAUCUGGUUUUAAAUAUUAAGAUUGUGACAACAAGCAAGAAUGAGUCUUUACAUAGAAACCGUGAUCUAAAUAGUCAUUGUGACUAAUGCUUUAAUUCAUGAUUUUAAAUAGAUUUAAUUUAAAUCAAAUCUAUCCUGUGGCAAGCUAACUUUAAGAUAGGUAUACAGUUAAAUGAUGCAUUGUGCUGGCUAAAUGGCAAAUGUGUAAAUUAAAAUAUAUACAUACCAGACGUUUGCAUUUCUGUCCAUGAAGAUAUCUGCAGCAUACAGUGCAUCAAUGUGCCCCAAAGGAUAGAGGGAUGUUGCUUUAAAUAUUCGAGGUUGGGUGACUGCAGUUUUAGGGCCAAACGAUAUUUGUGGAUGAAAUCUAUAAAUCGUUAGUGUGUCAGUUGUGUAUGAUAGGUGUACUUUAAUUAGGUAGAAAAGUAUAACUUUAUAAAUCAGUCAUUAAUUAAAGGGGAUAUUUAUGCACAAUAACCACUACAGCUCAGUUUAGUGGUUAUAGUGCAGAGACUCUGUGUGCUGUUCCAUGUUUUUUUUUUUUGUCACACAGAUUAGCAGCAAUUUGACAAAAUAAAAAGGGGCUUUCGCUGGCACGCCAUGUACCUGCUAAGCUGAGCAGCUAAUUUCACUUUCCAAAUUUAAAUGACAACUAUAUACUACGAGAACUGGGGGUCAGAUUAGCCCAGUUACCACAAGCUUGUAGUGGGGAUAAAGUAGAGAAUCCUUUUGUCCAACACAUUUAUUCCUGCAGUCCUACUUUAUGCACCAAUUCGUAAUCCUAACAAGUGUGAUUUUAACAAAUAAUCAGUCUGUCAUCACCCUUUAAUAAUCAGACAAUCCAGAAACUGCUGUUGUUUCUCACAAGGAACCUGUGGAAUGGUAUAUGAUUAAUGAGUUAUUCUAUACACGUUUUACCAUUCUAGAUUAAAGUGUCGUGAUUUCUUUUUAAGGCAGAUCUUGUUCAAGCCUUUUGCUAUAAGAUAUGUUGGUUGUGAUAACAAACUCACACUUUACACACAAAUAUAUGAUUUAUUCCAUUCCUUAUAAAAUAAUAAGUGUGCCAAGGGCUGCUGUGUAAUAUGUAAUGACCCGCAUUCUGUGUGUUUAUUUGAAGGUCAGCAAGCAGCUGUCUGAGGAGUAUGAGAAGAUUGUGCAUCCGGAGCGAGUCUCGGAGGACACAAAGCCAGUGAAGGUUAAAGAAGAGCCUGUCACUGACAUCACCUUCCCCGUUAACGAGGAACUGGAAGGCGACCUGGCGCCUGGUGAUCAGUCCCUGCCAGUAGGCGUCCUGGGUGCUCAGAGCGAGAGAUUUUCAUCAAACAUGGAAGUUGAUUCUUCGCCCCAGCCAUCUGGUAAGGAACUGCUCUCUGUGAGGGAAGCUUUAUUACAAUAAAGCUUUUAAUAACGCUAAAAACUUGUGGCAUGAUUUCCAAAUGAAUGGUGUAAGACUGAGGAAGGAAUGUUAGAAAAUUCAUACUACUUGACAGGGUAGUGGAUACCUGGUAUAGCAAUCAAGAGGAAGUAGUAAAGGCUAACAGUUAUAUAGAAAGGGUAGUAGAUACCUGGAAUAGCCUUCAAGUGGGAACAGUAACAGUGAUAUAUAAAGGGUAGUAGAUACCUGGAAUAGCCUUCCAGAGGAAGCAGUAAAGGCUAACAGUGAUAUAUAAAGGGUAGUAGAUACCUGGAAUAGCCUUCCAGAGGAAGCAGUAAAGGCUAACAGUGAAAUAGAAAGGGUAGUAGAUACCUGGAACAGCCUUCCAGUGGGAGCAGUGUAGUGGAUGGCACUGGGCUGUCCUGCAAAUGUCCUUGAAAUAAUUGCAUUCGUGUGAUCUGCUAGUUUUCUAUGUGUUUUAAAGCCUUGUAUUCUUUUGAUUGUUCGGUAGUUCCAUUCCCUUAGUUUAUUCGAAUGAAACUACCGAACAACCAGACCUCCCUUGUGUAAAGUGUGUCCUCAAUUACCCGUUGCAACAUUGUUGCGAACGGGUAAUUGACUAGGAAGUAGCCGUCCUUUGUUCUCGGGGGUGGCCGCCAUUCGACAAACUAACACGUGGCGGUGGCCAUUUUAAAACUCCCGAACAGCAGUGUUUUGCCGUUGAGUGUCUGGAACUAAAAUCGGACACUCGAGUAGGCGAACACCGCUGAGACCUCCACAGCCCUGGUCCGUUCGGUUCCAAACUACCGAACGGCCCCUCGUUCGGUAGAUAGAAAAUACCGAACGAGGGGAUUCAGGCGAACCCUCCCUAGCCUCUAUAGCUAGAGGUUUUCGUGUAUUUCAUUCCCUUAUGCCAGGACCGACCGCGGGCCCAUUCACAUGGAACCGGAUUCGGCUAUCUCUGUUCGUGCGGUCGGUCAUUUUAUUCCCUCCAUACUUUUCCCGAACCCCUGGUCCGAUCUGGGUGAUUUUUGGAUAUGUUGUUCACCCAGAUCAGGACUACCCGGGGAUGUAUGAUUUAAAGGGGUACGCCUACGUUUAGGGGUACAUCCAGAAACGGGGGGAAUUGGUGUGCUGGAUAAGGGGAUUAUGAUGCUGGCUGAGGGGAGGGGAUGUGUGGGAGGUUACCAGGACAGGAUUGGCUACUGUAAUAAUUACUGUAAAUCCCUCCCUUGCAUGGGAGCAUGCUUUAUAAGCGAAAGCUUGUCAGUUCUGCUCCUGAAACUGUGUGUCGUCCAGUUAUUGGGAUUGCUGUGGGGAGAUUGCUGUUAUUUUACCUGCUGGAAACUUUGCCUAUGGAUUUAUUAUUUACUUGUUCCUGAGCCUCACUUGGAUUAUAAGCGGAGAUAACCUGGGGAAUAUUGCAUCUCCGCUACAAGCAGUAACAGUGAUAUAGAAAGGGUAGUAGAUACCUGGAAUAGCCUUCCAGUGGGAGCAGUAACAGUGAUAUAGAAAGGGUAGUAGAUAUCUGGAAUAGCAUUCCAGUGGGAGCAGUAACAGUGAUAUGGAAAGGGUAGUAGAUACCUGGAAUAGCCUUCCAGUGGGAGCAGUAAAGGCUAACAGUGAUAUAGAAAGGGUAGCAGAUACCUGGAAUAGCCUUCCAGUGGGAGCAGUAAAGGCUAACAGUGAUAUAGAAAGGGUAGUAGAUAUCUGGAAUAACAUUUUCCAUUUCAGCAAAUGUCCGUUUUUGGUAACUAAUCUACAUCCUCAGCCAAUAUUCUGUGAAUGUGACAAGUAUUCUUUAUCGAUCAUUAGACAGAUUUACUGUUUGUUGCAUUUUUUGAUGACGUAACAGCUUUUGCAAUGUUUCCCCAACCGCCAGCAGUGCACGCACUUCAUAAUCUGACAUUUUAAUGAAAGGAAAUAUGUCAGUAUCCCUGCACCCAAGAUUUAAAAAAAAUGUGACGUCUCAGAUGUUAAAUCUGAGUCUAUUAUUUUAUUUUAUUUGGAAGUAAAAUUAAUUGAAAUGGCAGUCCGGUCCCCUUUGCCGCACAGAUCUCCAGAUGUCGUUUUCAGCCUCUCACAGCUAUUGUCAGUGAAGUAUUAGUAUUACCCUUCUAAUGUCCUAGGAAUAUGUACAUAAGCUAAAACCGUGCAGGUAAUUUUCACUAGCCCUUUAUAGAAGCAGAUCUUGCUGAUAUAUGUACAUAGAUCACCUUGUGCCUUGUUAAAUGCCUUUUUUUGCCGUUCGAUUGUUUUCUGUUUUAAGCUGUUAUAAUAUUCUGUUCUUUUCAGCGUGUACCGACUCACAAUAGGAGCAUGUAAGUGAAAGUCAAUGAAAUACAGGUUAAAUGCUAUUUUAUUGACUAUUUCCAGGCUUGUGAAAACAUGUUUAUUCAGAACUGAAAUAUACAUGUUUGGGCGUGUUUUUUGUUCACCCUUUUUGACCAUUAUUCUAAUAUGCCAAGCUCUGUGCAUAUGAAUGGGUUCAUGUAAGCAUGUUUGUGUUCAUAUAAUUAUUAUUUAUACAAUAAUAUCGUGUGGAGAAAUAACAAUACAAAAAUAUCUCAGUAGGUGAUAUUACUCACAGGUACUCCCUCAAGUACCAAAUAAAAAUAACUAUUACCAAAAAGAGAAUGCCCACUAGAACCACCAAUGUAAGUAAUGCAACUAUUUAAUGAACCAAUAAUAGGCAUAAAUUGCAUACAGCAAAAAAUACAAACACAGAAACACAGGUCCCCAAUACCCCCAACAUUUCGGCACCAACACCCUUGAAAGAGGCAGCCAGUUGGUGCUGAAAUGUUGGGGGUAUUGGGGACCUGUGUUUCUGUGUUUGUAUUUUUUGCUGUAUGCAAUUUAUGCCUAUUAUUGGUUCAUUAAAUAUUUGCAUUACUUACAUUGCUGGUUCUAGUGGGCAUUCUCUUUUUGGUAAUGCAUCUAAUUAUUAACAUUUAGGACUGCUACCAUCCUGAAAAUUAUUACCAGCCUUGUCAACCAGUAAAAAAACCAAAACACAUUUUCCUUUUCAGUAGAUGAAACCGUUACUGUUUAUGUGUUGGCGGACAUGGGUGUCUGUGCAGUUUAGGAGGAGGGAGAGUUGGGUCUCGAGUUACAAUUCCUCUGCGUACCAAUGCUGGAGCAAAGGUGAAAAAUAACUUUUGCUUUAUGUCGUAAAUGUUGUUAUUGAUUGUCUUGCAAUACAACUGCUCAUGUAUACAUGAUUAUUUAUUUAUUUUAUAGACUGUUGUAUCGGGAGGGAUACAUUGAGGGUUUUUUUGUUUACAAGUAUGUUGUAGAGAGCAUAUAAACUACAGCAUUACACAUAAUAAGAGGCAUAUACUGUUUUAUUUUACACACAGUAGAUUGUUAAACAGACAAUAAAUUAUUAUUAUUAAGUUAUUAUUUAAAUAGCGCCAACAAAUUCCGCAGCGAAUUUGAAUCAGUGAUUCUCAGCCUUUUUUAGGCCAAGAGAAACUUUUCCGAGGUACAGUAAGAGCAACAUUUUGGAGGUACACCUGCGUUUUUAAUGUUUAUAUAUCUAGCCAAACGUACUUAGGAAUUUAAAGGGUUAGUUUAAGCACCAUGUCCACUUCAGUGAUUUGAAGUGGUCAUGGUGCCUGGAAGCUAUAUGUGCAGAGUUUUACUAUGAAACACUGCACAUACAGAGAUUAACGCGUUGGAUGUCCUUAGCCCACUGGGAACUCUUCUGGGGUGGCUAAAAUCAAUUCUGUGCAAAUUUGGAGUCUGACAACAGCAUGGAGAGGGGGGAGAACCAGAGAGGGUCCUUUGUGCUAGACAGUAAAGUGAGUUUAACAAUUUACAUUUAUCCUUUAUACAAUUGAAUGCCCAUAUCCUGUGACUGCCACAAUUUGCACCUGGCGUUUACAGGUUUGCAAUGGGGCUUGUAGUUUAGCCCAUUCAUCAGUGACUCCAGCUCUAAUCCCAUCCUAUUAUGGACAGGAACACUCCUUGUUGCCCAGUUAUAUAUUUAUGGGAUACUCUGCCUUUUUUUAGAGGUAUGUCCUCCUCUUUUGUCCAUGACUGUCUUCUUUCUGUCCCUAUGGUAGAUAUAUCUAAGGAAAUAGGACUUAGAUAUACCCAGGUAUGGCAAUGAAUUGUGAACAUGGGUGCAAAUCAAACGUGAACCACACUUUCUUAUAUUUUACUAAUUUAUGGGUAUAUUAAAUACAUUUCAAAUAAUCUUAAAAUAUUGCUAUUGUAACAAUUCUGAGUCAAUGUCCUCUGGGUCAGAUUGACUUGUAAAAACUAGAAAAAUUCAACUACCUUUGCUAAAAGCACACGAUGUCCGAGUAACUAACACAGUUGUUAGAUGUGUGUGCUGUCCAACAGGGCUCAAAGAAGUUAAAGAACAAAGAGUGACUGAGCAGACCAGGCCAUCCCAUUCCCCAGAGUAAUGUCAUCUGUCGUCAAGGCUUGUAUGGUAAUUUAUAACAUGCUUUCUGAAAAAGCUAAAAAACAUGACACUGACGUACUGCUUGGGGUGUCUGUACAUACUCUUUAUUACAGAAAGAAAAUCCAUAGCGCUUCCUUGUAAAAUCAAAACCAUCUGACAUGCAAUUAGAUCCACUAGAUCUGCUUUGCACAGACUCCAGCUGUUGCAUAGAGCUACGGUGAUGAUAACCCUGAUUUGUGACGGCAUGAGGAUUCUGCUGUGGUUAUGGUGUGGGUCCGUUAUAUGUGAACUAUUCACAUUUCAUCUAAACCAUUAGACCUGAGGUGCUGGCCCAGUGAGAGCCACGUGAGAAGCAGGACACGUUUUGAGACCUGCCCAACAUAGAUAGCUGUACUGACCCAAGUGUUAACAGGAUGGUAGAAAUACUAAGACACACAUGGAGCUCAGGGUCGUGCUAAGAAAGGACUGGUGGAUGAGUAACUUCAGGGCAUGAGACAAGCUUGGUCAGAUGGGAAUACCGAGGGAAGGACAUCCUUAAUCAGAUGGUCAUCCUGAGAUAGCCAUGGUCAGAUGGACACACCGAGGGAAAAGUUUCUGAGAUAGGCAUGGUCAGAUGGACACACAGUGGGAUAAAUAUCCUGAGACAGGCAUGUUCAGAUGGGCACACUGAGGAAUAGGAAUUCUGAGACAACCUUGGUCAGAUGGGCCCUCUAAGGAAUAGGGAUCCUGAGGCAGCCAUGGUCAGAUGUGAUUUCUGAGGCAAGCAUGGUCCGAUAGACACACCGAGGGAUUGGUAUUAUAAGACAAGCAUGUUCAGAUGGGCACACUGAGGGAUAAAGAUUCUGAGACCGGCAUGGUGAAAUGGGCACACAAAAAGAUAGGGAAUCUGCAACGGCCAGGGUCAGAUGGGCACAUUGAGGGAUGAAGAUACUGUGACAAGCAUGGUCAAAAGGGGAAGACCGAGGGAUAAAGAUUCUGAGAUAAGGAUGGACAGAUGGUUACACUGAGGGAUAGCAUUCUAAUACAAGCAUAGUCCGACGGUUAACCUGAGGGAUAGCAUUUUAAGACAAGCAUGGUCCAGUGGACACACUAAGUGAUAGCAUCCUAAGAAAAGCAUGGUCCGAUGGUUACACUGAGGGAUAGCAUUGUAAGAUAAGCAUGGUCCAGUGGACACACUGAGUGAUAGCAUCCUAAGACAAGCAUGGUCCGAUGGUUACACUGAGGAAUAGCAUUCUAAGACAAGCAUAGUCCGAUGGUUACACUGAGGGAUAGCAUUUUAAGACCAGCAUGGUCCAGUGGACACACUAAGUGAUAAAAUCCUAAGAAAAGCAUGGUCCGAUGGUUACACUGAGGGAUAGCAUUCUAAGAUAAGCAUGGUCCAGUGGACACACUGAGUGAUAGCAUUCUAAGACAAGCAUGAUCCGAUGGUUACACUGAGGAAUAGCAUUAUAAGCCAAGCAUGGUCCGAUGGUUACACUGAGGGAUAACAUUCUAAGACAAGCAUGGUCCGAUGGUUACACUGAGGGAUACACUGAUGGUUACACUGAGGGAUAGCAUUUUAAGACAAGCCGGGUCCGAUGGUUACACUGAGGGAUAGCAUUUUAGGACAAGCCGGGUCCGAUGGUUACACCGAGGGAUAGCAUUCUAAGACAAGCAGGGUCCGAUGGUUACACUGAGGGAUAACAUUCUAAGACAAGCAUGGUCCGAUGGUUACACUGAGAGAUAGCAUUCUAAGACAAGCAUGGUCCGAUGGUUACACUGAGGGAUAGCAUUUUAAGAUAAGCAUGGUCCAGUGGACACACUAAGGGAUAGCAUCCUAAGACAAGCAUGGUCUGAUGGUUACACUGAGGGAUAAUAUUCUAAGACAAGCAUGGUCUGAUGGUUACACUGAGAGAUAGCAUUUUAAGACAAGCCUGGUCCGAUGGUUACACUGAGGGAUAGCAUCCUAAGACAAGCAUGGUCCGAUGGUUACACUGAGGGAUAACAUUCUAAGACAAGCAUGGUCUGAUGGUUACACUGAGAGAUAGCAUUUUAAGACAAGCCGGGUCCGAUAGUUACACUGAGGGAUAGCAUCCUAAGACAAGCAUGGUCCGAUGGUUACACUGAGGGAUAACAUUCUAAGACAAGCAUGGUCCAUUGGACACACUGAGUGAUAGCAUUCUAAGACAAGCAUGGUCCAGUGGACACACUAAGGGAUAGGGAUUCUGAGACAAGUAUGGUAAAUUGGGGCACUGAGUGUUGGACAACCUAAGAUGGGAGUCCAGGUAUGUGUGAUCAUACAUUACUAAUUUACUAAUUCAAAUUUUUCUGCCUUUUCGUGGUCUUACAUGCUUACUGGGUGUAGAAAAUAGUUGAUGGUAGAUUUGUGCAGUGCUUUUGCAUGUGAUGUCCCUAAUAUAUAAAAAAAUUAGCUCUAUAAAUCUUUAGAUUUUGAGAAUGAACUUUACCUCUUUAUUUUGCUAAAUUUUCUCAGACUGAAGUUAAGACUUUUCAUAACAAAAAAUAACUUAAGUCCUAUUCUUCGGUCUUAUGCAAGAAACCAUGUAGAGGUUGCAAGUCUGAGUGCUAGAUUGCCCUGUAGCGGUUCUAUGUUUGAUUGUUAGUGUCUUGGAGCUCUGACCAUCUGUGAUAGGGUUUGCUAUCACUGCUAAGUAAUGCAAAGUUAUCCUGCAAGUCUAGCUGACAGUAACAACAGACAUCUGUCUAAGACUGCGCUAACUUUAUGUGAAUGCCUGUCUAAUGUUCCUGUCUCCUUUUUUCAGAGCACAAUGUUCUUUCUAAGGGUUUAGCUUGAUUUCUCAGAUAAUACUCGUUGUAAUAGCAUUACAAGCCGAGAAAGCAGUGUUAUCUGUGAUUUAGCAUGCUUAAUAAUAGCAGAAAUACACACUGUUAUUUUUUUUCCAUUCGAUUAUUAGCAUUAUUAGAUGUGAAGAGCAACCACCCUGGAUGUCCAUCAGAAUGGAGCUUGUUAUUACUCUGAAACGAUGCUUAGUCGAAAUUACUAUGCAAAGCCACUUAUUUCCCUGCUAAAGUGGAUUGAAGUUGAAAUCAAUUUGCUUUUCAAUCAGCUAGCCGAAUGUUUUUUUGGUUUCCGAAAUAUUUCUCUCUUUUGCAUUCCAAUAGGCUAAUGAAUUGCGAAAAGUAAAUAGCGUGAAGUGCAGUCUGGCUGAUUAUUGAUUGCAUGGAAAUGUCCUCAACAGCUGAUAGGAUGCAGCUCCUGCUGUUAUUGUAUUAGCACAAGCAAGAAAUGCCUAUAUAUAUAUAUAUAUUUACCAGUUUUAACGAGAGAUAAUACAGAAGACGCUUUUCGAAGCAAUGUCACCUUAUCAGGAGUCCUCCUCAAUCUAUUGAAAAGUAUCUCUGUUGGCGAUUAGGGCUGGUGGGGGUUUCCGACGCUGGGAGCUGUCUCUUUCAUCUCUUAUUUAACUUAUUAGGUUAUCUUAGGCCCUGCCGAAGCUGGGGUACCACUGUGGCUCGAUAUAUUGGUACGUAAUUUCUAUUCUUCAUUGAUCGGUCGCUCGAUUCACUGUAGCACUGAAACGCCAAUGUAUUCUGCAUGAGUGUGCAUAUUUAUAAACAUACAAAUAUAAAAUGAUGUAAUGAUUACCCCCUGUAAUAUCAUCUUGCCUCUUGUUGAAUUCACAUUCUUGACAAUUGGGACAUCCGUGGACACCUCCAAAGGCCUCCACAGGCCUCUUUAAAGUGGAACUGAGGUUUUAAUACUUUUACAAAAAGUCAGAAGUUGGCUGUGCUAUACAUUUUUUAAAAAUCUCACACGUUUUUAGUUUAACACUUUACAUACCGUACCAGGCAUGCCUGAGACAUCAUGAGACGGCAAUGUAACCCACACAGUGGAAGUGCAGCUGAGGUUAGUAUGUUUUGUUUUUUUCCUUUGCUGCAAUUUGUUCAAUUCAGUUAAUGUUACAUUUAGAAAAAAAUAAACUAUAUUGUAACUCCAGACUCCAAUUCUUCCCCGUGGAUCUUUAUUCAACCAAACAUCCAACAAAAUGGACCUGGCAGUGUUUCUCCGACUUAGUGCCUAUCGGCAUGGCGGUGAGUGAUAUACGUUGUUGCUUCGAUAGAAGUGAGAAUUCCACUUUAAGAAGAACAUAACCUUCUUUGGCUCAAAUUACCGUGUUUAUCAUUUUCUAUGAGUCCCAAUGGUUUUGUUGAGAGUAUAAUGAAACAUAAAAUAAAUGUGUCUUUAAACUACAAUGAAUGUUUAGAAAUCAGUCUGUGUAAAUUUAAAUCGAAUAUAAGCUUGUUCUAAAUUUAAUUUCACUUAUGUCUAUAUCAGUAGAGCAAGACUUGACCUAAAAUGUCAAAUACAUGACGUAACAUAAAGGUGUCCCUCCUUAACCCAAUAUGGGAGGUAUGCUACUGUGUUUCCAUUCAAUUUGGGCAUAUAACACAGUGUGUAGAGAGGUUUAGUAUAAGUCGCCUGAACAAAAAUUAAUAUAACGGAGCAUUUGUUGCUGUUAUGAGGGAAUUUAGAAAUGUUCCAUUUCCUGUCUACUCUCUGAAGAUGCACUACGUGUUAAUUCCCAGGCCCUGAAAACAGACAGUGUCUCAGUAUUGCAGCCAGACCUCUUUCCUUGUGCCACGUGGGAAUUGCAACAGCUAGCAAAUCCCCACACACCAGCUCUAAUAGAAGUUGCAGAGUACAGAGAGCUGUGAAUUUUGACGAUUCCAACCCAAGUGCUGGGGGAAACCGGUGCUUUGCUAAUAAUAACAUUGUAUGAAAAAAAAUACAGAUAUUUCUUUUGUUUGAGUGACCUGUAAUUCUUAACAAACUUAUCAAUUUGUUAAUAGUGUUGAAAGCUGUUCGACAGCUUUUGUGCAUUUAUAUUUCCAAUCAAUCCAAUUGCGCUUAGAAAUUAGGACACAAUCAGCUUCAGAUUCCCAGGAUUGAUGAAGCAGCAGUUUGAUGACAAUCUUUUUAUUUUGGCAUGGUGGCAAUUACGCAACAUUAGUAGCAGAACGGUAAAGGGGACAUCAGUUGGACAGUCUACAAUCUGAUCAUACUUUACACAGUUUGUGCCUACAAGGUUGUUCAUUUGCAGUAUGUUAUACUUUACCGUUGCGUUGCCUCCAUUAGAAUCAAAAAGUUGUUGCUGCAUCAUUCUCUGUAACCUGAUUCUAUAUAAUGUGGAUGUUGAACUAUAACUUUAGUUAUAUACUCAUUUCUAGUUAUUUCAUAGAGAAGGUCAGAUUCUUUGGGUGUUGUCGCAGAUGCUGUAUCCUAGGCCGGCAUUCUUUGCCUCUUGGAUCAUUCUCUAAAGUAUGAAUCCAAAGUGAAUUUCAAAUUUAAGGCUAAAGUAGCUGAACUGAAAUGAUUGCGGAUUUAGAGAAUAUUCCCAGUUUGGCGUUUUUGACCUUAAGUUUUAAAUUCACUUUGCAUUCUCACCCUGACAGUUUUACCUGAACACUAGCUAAAACUGUCGGCCAUCAUAUUUUCUGAUCUCCCGGUGAUAGAACAAAAGAUGUUUAUGUGAAUUUAUUUUUCUCUCUUUAGGAUCUGAUGUCAAUACCUCACCCCUGUGGAGCCUGACACAAGUGAAAAUGGAGCCCCAGGAAAACGAGGAGUCGAAUGUACAUGGACACAGUGGUUUGGGGAAUGAUGUGUUUGAAGAACCCAUGUCUGGGAUGAGUGAUUCUGCCCUUCCUGGAAGUCCCAACGGGUCGGAGGGUAGCUAUGGGUCACAUUCUCCGGAUAGCCUCAUGGGAUCAUCUUCCCCAGUUUUCAACCAGCACCCAAAGAAGAAAAUGAAGAAAAUGUAGACAGUGAAUGGUUACAUUUUCUGAGAUCUGACAUUAUUUUAUAUAUAUUUGUUAUUUUCUGAUUAUUUUUUGUUGUUGUUUUUGAGAUGGCUGUGCUCCCCUUUUCUGUACAUAGUUAAUUCAAAGACUCCAGUUGAUGUCUAUUUCAGGAGAUUCAAAUCCGUGAUCAGAUUUAAUUAACUGUUAAAUGCAAAAAAUACCAAGACCUCAUUAAACAGUUUUUUUCACUUCUCACGAUGUUUAGAGCUCAUUAAAGAUAAACCUAAUUGUGACAUUUAUUCCGAUAUCUGUAUAACGAAGGUGCUGAGCACUACCACCAGGCAUGCCUGCAGGUAAGUGAAAGAUCUCUGUAGAUUAUUUGGUUGUAUAAUUUUUACAAGUUGAUGGAAGUUAAGUCCAUUAAGUUUAACCUUUUCAAGUGGUGUAAUUGCAAUGAUAUUCAAACAGAACAAGACAAAAGUAAAAAUACCAAAACUCAAGAUUUUUCAUGUAGAUAACAUUCUGCCAUCUGUAACUACUCAUACUUUUUCUUAGAUUAUAAACCAUAGCACCUGCUACCCCUUUUCAUUUUCUCAAUUAUAGCUGCAGCAGAAUCUCCCCCACCAUGGUGGCAGCAUCAUCCUCGUCCUGCGAGUGCAAAUAAUGUGUUAGACCUGACUAACUUGUAUAGGUUUUCUUUGUGCAUGAAUGAUGCUAUUCGUCAAGCUAAUGUAAAUUCUGCUUCUUUCUGAUUUUUUUUUUUUUUUUAAGUGAAUGUCAGGUUCUUAAAGAAUGUCUACAGUUGUUUAUAUAGAGUUUAGGUAAUUGUCAAUUGAUGCAUAUAUGUGUGUUUUUUAAACUUUUUCCUGAGGACCGGAUUUGGCUUCUAAUUGGUGUUACUGUGACAAGAUUGGUUCCUGCCCUUCCUGAAGGCAUUACAGUAGAACUGCACUGGCUUCUACAGGGCAUAGCUUUAAGAUAUAUUCAGGGCUUUUCACUAAGCUGGGGCUUGAGAUAGCUAGAGGGAUUACAUUCUAAGGAUUGCAGCCAGAAUUAUUAACUACAGUCUUUGAUUGCAUCUCUUGCAAAUUUCAGGAACCCUAACCUCAGCAAUACCUUUAAUUAAGGCAGUGUUUACAUUGCUGCCUCGUAACACCUCUAGUGCAGUCACUCAGACGCCCACUAGAGGUGCUCCUGGAUCCAUGCGGUGCUGGAAUAAAGGUGAGUAAAAUCACCUAUUGCUUUCCUGAUUGGAGUGGAGGCGAGAACCUAAACUAUGUUUUCACAGCUAUAUUAACAUAAAUACAUGUUUGUAUUCCUGUCACCAUAGUGUUUCUUUAAAUUUGCGUAAAAAGUGUUUGGUAAUGUGACGAGACCAAUCUCGCCACAUUGCAUUGGAGAAGCCUGGUUGCUCGCCUGCUGCCUUUGGACUAUGCCCCCCUUUUAAAAGACUUUAUUUUGCCUGCAGAAAAGCUGUAUUCGUGCUUUUCUGCCUGGGGUUCGGUAGAUUCAAUCUACCGAACAACCGUACGAAUGACUGGACCACCUGGGAGCUGGAGUGUGCCGGCAAUUAACCUCCCUGAAGCUGCGGUUAACCGCAGCUUAAUUGAUGAAUGCUGGGUGGCCGCCAUUCGUAUCCCGAACACGAGGUCGCGGCCAUUUUAACCAUACGAAUGCACAGCGGUGUUCGCCUCUAUUUUCAUGGAACUAAAAUCGGACACAGUUUUGUGCGAACACCGCUGAAGCCGCCGACCUCCCUUCUUGUUCGGUGGAAGUGCACGAACGGCCCGGUGUUCGGUAGUUUUGUUAGAAAAUGUUAUACCCCAGAUAGGAAUCCCAUGGAGCCCAUUCGUAUGAAACUGACUGUGUAAAGACUUUAGCUCCAUGGCGAUUAAACUGUAUUCGUGUGGUCUGAGUGCCAUUCACCUAAUAAUGUGCACUCAGACCUGAGCUAUCUGGGGAUAUGUUACAUGUCUGUGUUUUGUGGAAUAAAUGUUACUUUAUGUAUUUUAAAGUAUAAUACUGGUUUUGUGUCCCCACGUGUGUAAUGGAGUUUUGCCUUUGUCUUGGGAGAUAAUUGAGUUACUUCCCAAUUAUCUCCCAGGGCAGAGGGGAGGAGGCCAGGAUGCAUUGUGGGAAAUACUGUGACUGUGUGUCCUAUUUGUCUACUUGUCUGUCCCUUGUCACAGUCUCCCAUGUGGUCCCCUAGGGGAGUGUCCACCAGGUGGGAGACCUGCAUAAAUAGCCCUCAUUAAACAGACCACUCAUUAAACAGAC